AUGGAUUCACAAUUUGAUUACCACGGAAACAGCACUAAAUUAUCUAAUGCUGAUGUAAUGAUUCAAGUUGGAGAAGAACCUGAUAUGAUGACAUUUUUGGCUCACUCUGACGUUUUACGAAAGAAAUCCCCAUACUUUCGUACUGCUUUGUCAAGUACAUGGGCCAAAAAAGAGGGUGAAAAUAUUAUACUGAAAAAACCCAAUAUAUCCCCUACGCUGAGCCAUCAUGAUGGUUCGGUAAUACUCGAUAUUCUGGUGGCUGCUGACGAAUUAUUGAUCGAGAAUGACCUUCUUUCAUAUAUUCAAAACCAUUUAAUACAUGAUAAAUCUAAAUGGUUGCAAAACCAUUUUGCCCUUGUUUUACACACCGUAUUUGAACAAGAUGCAUGUAAAGAACUACGCAUCUAUUGCAUGGAUAAAAUCUGUUGGGAUCCAAACGUUGUGUUCAAAUCUCCUGAAUUUUUAGACUUUGAUAGUUCAAUUUUGAUUCACAUACUUAAACAAGAUAACCUACAGAUAGAAGAAACUGAGAUUUGGGAUCACCUGAUUCGUUGGGGAAUCGCUCAAUCUUCUCCUUCGGAUCCGGAUAUGUCAAGAUGGUCCAAAGAUGACUUUCUUAACUUACAAGAAAUAUUAAAAGAUCUCAUUCCACUUAUUAGAUUUUCGGAAAUUUCUCACGAAUACUACGAUAAAAUUUUUCCAUUUAGAGAUAUUCUUCCUUUGACUUUAAAAAAUGAUUUAAUAACAUUUCUCGAUAGUAAAUGUCAUCCAAAUUCAAUAUUACUUCCCCGUUGCCCAAUAAUCUCUAUCAAUAGUAGUAUAAUCUCACCUCAACAAGCGUUAAAGAUUCCAGAAUGGAUUGAUCAAGUGCAAAAAAACUAUUAUGUACCUUUUUCACGUCUUCAAAGUUUCUUAUUUUCAUUUGGAAAUCGUGGAAAUAUCGACGAUGCUAAAUUGAGUAAAAUUCAACCUGGAAACGAAGCUAUUUAUGAUGACCCUUCUUUCGGUCCAUGUUUUGGAAAAACUGACUUAGAUAUGCGUAGACAAUUUAAUGAAAAAAAUAACUGUUCUGCUAAAAAACGAUGCUAUAAACAUAAUAUUAUUAAUUAUACCAAAUUCUCUGUAGAUGAUUACGAAGUUUUUCAGGUUUUUUGUCACUUGGUAAGCUCGAAAUAA